AUGGAUUCUUCAAUUAAUAUCACAUACUUAACUCUAGAAGGGCAUAUAGAGUUGGAGAAAUACAGAUAUGUUUACUUUGUGAUUACUCUGAUGGCCUAUUUAUUUAUUAUUUUUGUUAAUGCUGUUGUUAUUUCUGUCAUAUAUGGAAACAAACGUCUUCAUGAGCCAAUGUACAUUUUCAUUGCUGCUUUACUUUGCAAUGCUCUUGUUGGAACAGCUGCUCUUUACCCUAAACUGCUGAAGGAUUUUCUAUCUGAAACGCAGGUUAUCUCUUACGAGGCCUGUACAUUUCAGUCCUUUUUUAUUUACACAUAUGGAUCAUCAGAGUUCACACUGUUAGCAGCUAUGGCCUAUGACAGAUAUGUGUCCAUAUGUAAACCAUUACAAUACGCAACUCUUAUAAAAAUGUCCACUGUGAAAAAGCUCUUAUUUUUCUCUUGGUUUGUGCCCUCAUUGGAAAUUGGUAUAGGAAUGAUACUAACAUAUCAACUGAAGUUGUGCAAAUUUAAAUUAAACAGAAUAUACUGUAAUAAUAAUGCACUUCUUAAACUGAGUUGUGGAGACACAACUGCAAGGAAUUCUUACGGAUUGUUUGUUUUAGUCAUUGCUGUGUUUCCACCUGCAAUCUUUAUCGCCUUUUCAUAUGUUAGAAUACUUGAUGUCUGUUUAAAGAACUCAAAAGAGUUCAGAAGAAAAGCUCUACAGACCUGCUUCCCACACAUUUUGAUUUUUGUCAGUGUCACCAUUACAUCUUGUUUUGAAGUUAUCAAUAGCAGGUUAGAAGGAAGUGUACCUCAUAUCGUUUCCAUGAUAAUGUCAGUUGAAAUUCUGGUUAUUCCUCCUGUAGUCAAUCCAAUAAUAUAUGGACUGAAGCUGAAGGAGAUUUGGAGUAGGAUUAAGAGAAUGAUUUUGAAAAGAAAGACGCAUAUAUCAUUUUAA